GCUCAAUAGAAAGUCUUAUUUCAUAGCACGUGUCUAUGUGAAGUAAGUGUGGGAAAGGGCGCUUACUAAAGUUGAUUAUGUAACCUCACAACUGGCGGCCAGCUGAAGCUUAAUGCUAUCUCCCCACUAAGAUUGAUAUCGAAUUGUAACAAACAAUAAUCAUCAUCAAAUUAUCUUUAGGGUUGUAAUAAUGUGUUUUUUUCUUCUCGAGUAAUAUGAACUUUUAAUCGGGAAAAUGCAAUAGCAGCUAUAUUUAAUUGGCUUCUAAUUGGCUCAACAUCGCAAAAAUACCUUAGUCGGAUGAGGAUCGCGACAACUUCCGACGCGUCGCGUGUCGACCCUCAAUCCACCGCGAACAUUAAUAUUAAGUAAUCGUAAAGUACAACUACGACUACAGCUGCGAUACUCAGCUAGGAGAGAAAGGAGAAGACAAUUAAAACCGCAAUGGCACGCCUGUCAUUACCGACGACGGCUCGCCUUGCCUCGGCAUUACGAGUCGACCCUGCGAACAGCACCGUAGUCAAAACACUGAAUCGUCUCUCGCGACCAUCUCUCUUAUCACUUGUCCUGGAUUGGUUAGACGAAAGGAACCUGUCUCUAUGCCCUCCACUUCUACGCCGACCAGACGCCUCCGAUGAUGAAGACGAAGAUGAUUUCUACCCACCUGCGCAAUCACUCGAGGAGCUGCGAGAGCUCUACGAAAAUAUGCAAGAGCGAAAAGGUGGUCGGCGCGAAGUAGUCGACCGGAUAUUGGAAGGCGACUGGCGCUACGGGCUCAGUCUCUACCAAUUAGCAAUGGCCGACUUACAAUACCUAUACGACCACCCUGGUAGUCUCAAAUGGACCGCAUAUCGCAUCCAACGACUCCAAACCCCAGCCCACGAAGACGACGCCGACCGCCCAGAAAAGGCGGACCAGGAAUCCCUCUCCGUCCCACGCUUCCACCCCUCCACCUUCCUCCAAAACCUCCAAGCCGAAGUCCUCCCCGACGUCAAGGCGCACUAUAACUUCGACCGACCAAAAGGCUUUCCCCUUCUACUCCUGCGAAUAUUUAUAAUUGACUCGCCCUAUAACACCGACUUAGCGGUCUCAACGCGCCACCGCGGACGCCCAGGCGUUAGUAAUAGUAAUACCAACGCAACGACCAGCUUCGAUACCUCACGCACGAUAUACAUCGCCUUCCCCGACGCCUCGCCACACAUGUACAUAUCCAAAUCCGCCGCGUCGGCAAGUAGCGCUGCAUCUUCAGGCGAAGCAAAAAGCCUACGCGCUCUUGUCGUCGAGGGGAUACCGAAAGCGUUAUCGCGGCCCCGGGAACGGUAUGCUUUAAAAGCGACGAAUCUUACUACGAAGAACCUUACCGCGAUGUUAGCGGUUAAGGGCGCGGGGCGCACGAAUGCGGCUGGAGGGGGGUGGAGCGUGUAUGCUGGUACCGAGGUCGCGGAUUUAAAAGCGGAUAAUCCGCUGCAGACCCUGUUGCCUACGCCGCCGUUGUCCGAUGCUGAUGCGGAUGCGGAUGAAGAGGGUGAUGGUGCGCGGAAACGGAAGAGAGUUGAUCUUGAUACUGAUCCCAAGGACACCGAGUAUGAGGGACAGAUCAAGAGUGCGAGGAAGGCGGCGCAGGCAAGAUUUGGAGAUGCGGCGAAGGUGGAUGAUGGGAAGGGGAUUGAGAGGUUGGAUGUUAUCAUUGAGGAUCCGUUUCCUACUGAUGUCGCUAGGUCGUUAGGGGACGAGGAUGAGGAUGAGCGGGAUAGGAGGAGAGAUGAUGAUCCAGCUGAAGCAAGGCGCAAGUCGAAGGGUCGGAGGAGUACCCUUGACUUGAGUAUCUCAGUCGAUGGGCAAGAUGAUGAAGGUCGGGAGGAAGCGACUUGGGCACCACGGGUUAAAAUAUCAUUUCAUGGCUCUCAUGUUUUCGCUGGUAUGCGCCAAUUAGUCGAGGCAGGCAUCGUGGAUGGUGGGAAAAUGCCUGGAUGGAUGACGGGUGAGGAGGGCGUCACGAUUGGUGCUGUACGGCAUGGCAGGAUAAAAGGCUUUAAGGGCUCAGGGGUAUGAUCUAUUAUGAUGCUAUAGCUAUUUUUCUAUGCUUCGUUACCUACUGUGGGCGGAGCUAUUGCGCUGGGAAACAUGCAUGGGUUGGGGCGUUCUUCUCUUCACGGCUAGUGGAAAUGGAUACAUUUCGGAUAGGUAUCUUACCUUGAUAUACCCCAAUGAAGUACCUCGAGGUUCACCUGCAAAUGAAAAAAAAUUGGUAUGACACCCUUGAAA